GCGGCGCCGGGGACGCGCUCCCCCGGUCACAUGCUCCCUGAAAGGUGUGGGGGAGGAGCUACAUCUGUCCCUCUGCUGUCAUGGCGGCGGCAAUGCUGAAGCUCAGUACGCGGUUGGCCCUGGUGACAGGCGGUGGCAGUGGGAUCGGGCGAGCUGUGUGCCAGCGGUUCGCUAAAGAGGGAGCCUUGGUGGCAGUGGUGGAUAUCAAUGAAGGAGCGGCUGCUGAGACCCUGCGGAGCCUGUCCUCCAAUCAACAGCAGCACUCUGUGUUUGUCACGGACGUGACCUCCUCUGAUAGUGUCCACAAGCUUGUGGCUGACAUUCAGACACAGUUUUCUCGUCCUCCGUGUGUAGCAGUGAACUGUGCGGGCGUCACCAUGGAUGGCUUACUCCUGAAGAUGCAGGAAGAAGCUUUCGACCAGGUUUUAAAGGUUAAUUUGAAGGGUACGUUCCUGGUGACUCAGGCGAUUGCCAAGGCGAUGGUUGCCAGCGGUGCUAAGAAGGGCUCCAUCAUUAAUGUGGGGAGCAUUGUGGGUAAGGUGGGAAAUAUGGGACAGACAAAUUACACAGCAUCGAAAGCUGGAGUGGUGGCCCUGACGAAGACCAGUGCAAAAGAACUGGCCAGGUUCGGAAUCAGGUGCAACACUGUCCUCCCAGGAUUCAUUGAUACACCAAUGGCAGCGAAAGUCCCUCAGAAAGUGCUGGACACGGUUUUGCGGCUGGUGCCCCUGGGACGACUAGGAGAUCCUUCCGAGGUGGCUGCCGUUUGUUCCUUCUUGGCCUCUGACGACAGCAGCUACAUCACAGGAGCCAGCCUGGAGGUGACAGGAGGACUUUUCAUGUGACGAUCGAACAAGGUACAGGAGGCCGAGGGAACGCAUGGCCAGACCUGGCAACACUGGGACAUCUCUCUCAGGUUCGGCUUGCGGACCUGCUCCCCCCUCCCUCGCCACCCACAAUCGCACUGGGAUCCUGUUCUCUGAGAGCUGCCCGCUCUCUCUUCACCCAAGUGCCUAUUCUCCAGCUUUGCCUAAACAGCGAGUGUCACAGGAACCUCUGGCUCUGGCCGGAUGCAUAUUAUAGAAGGAGUGGUGACAAUCAGUGGGGCAGGAACCUGGCCUAAUGUAACCUCCACCAUCCCCUCGGCAUAAACCAAGGGCCGAGCUUGCUGGUAAGCCCUCUGAACUACCACAGUUAACUGCAGCAAUAGCUAGCUCCUGGCGGUGUAUUAUUGAGAGAACAGGGCUUGUGAUGAGAAACCCAAGCCUGGGAAGAUGAUCUGCUGAACCAUGAUCCACAACGCAGUUCAGUUCUUUCCAAUCUACCUACAAACAGGCCGUGUGAUCUGCAGUCACAGAUAUACAACACAUCCCAUUGUCUUGGGGAGCACCUUUAUAAAAUUGCGUGUGAGGGCAGCCGAUGAUUUUAGGGUGGGUAUCCAGUCAAGCCAAAACCACUCUGGCUCCCACGUUAUUUCCUGUGCCUUUGGUGCCUCGAUAAUAAUGACCUGCCACAACUUGCUGUACAAUUAUGAAAUUUUAUUAUCAAAACAGUGACAAUAAAUUCAUCAAUGGACUGAAA